UAUCGGAGCUUCUUUCGGCGUUUUGUGUGUAUAUAUCGCCCAGAGAAGAGUGGUGUUAGUGGCCCGUCUUCGAGCCACCGUGAACGCUACGGAUUAUUAUAAUAUGUGCUCGCGAGGAAGAAGCGUUCGGAUGCGGCCGACGUCGGACCUCGUCUCGAAUGAAGACGCAAGACACACUCGAUGCUUCCAGUGAUCGGCAACUCUUGGAUACCUCCAAGGCUAUUAUAAAACCGACGCAUCUUCGGUCGAUGACAUCGACGCAGAAAGCUGACGCCAUGACGAAAUUCGAGGGCUCGCAAACCAGGGCGCCCGCUGGUGCGACCACGGGUCAGACGAAGACGACGUGCCUCCAACUGGGCUGAGGCUCGAUCGCUUGGCUUGCCGGUGCUCGCCGCGAACCGAUCUUUCAUCGCCGACGGCUGGACAGCGUGCUCAUGUAGUUAGGCAGCGAUGGUGGCCGAUCUACGGGAAAGAAGCGCGGCAAUGUUGGACCGCGGCAAUGGCCGAGGACCGGCAGCGGCCAUCUUGCUGGCGGCCAUGUUGCUGUCGUGCGCGCCCCCCGUGGCGCUGUCGGCGGAGAGCUGGUGCAACCUCGAGGACGAGGACCCGGACUCGAAGUGGUACUGGCGCGUGGACGAGUACCCGCACCCCUUGACGCAGCCGCGGUACUGCAACCGCUACAGGCCGUCAUUCGUCUGCGACCCGGACCGCGUCAUGAGCAAGAAGCAAGCUGACGCCUUGGACGGAAUUAUCGAACGAAUCAGAAACGAGACGCUGUGCAUCUGCCCGACGUGCGGCAAGUCUCACGCCAGGGGUAUCACACUGGGCGUUGCCAUCAUGGAACACGUUCACAGGGCCAACAACCAGCCGGUCGAGGAAGCAGUGCGCGUGUUCGCGGAGACCCUGCGCAAGAAUUGGAAUCUGGGCAAUUGCGACGACGACAUACUGCUGCUCAUCUCAACCAAGGAUACCAUGUCGACCACCCUGGUGGGGCCCGCCGUGUCGGGCGUGUUCCCGCAGGAAGUGGCCGACCAGAUCUACCUGGAGAGCCGCGGCCACUUCUCCAACUGCAACUUCUACCUAGGACUCGAGUCCAUGGUACAAUCGUACUUCGACAUGCUGCGCAGGCUCCAGCUCAAGGGCCUGGUGGGUGCACGCGUGCAGCCGUCGGCCGGCGCCAGCGCGGGCGUCAUCGUCGGCAUCGUGUUCGGCGCCUUGGCUGGUCUGCUGCUCGCCGUUGCCGCCGUUCUGCUGGUGGUGCGCCGAUGCGACGCCCCAGCCAUCUCUCGCAAGAGCAUUCCUGAGGCCUGGCGAAGGGUGCGCAACCUGCGAACGGGGGCGAGGCCAGGCGCCCAACAGUCGAGCCUGCACAACAACAACACCAAGGCUCCUCCUCCUGCUGCGGCAGUGCCUUACCGCAUCAAGGUUCCGGCUGCUGGUACAGUGGCUUCGGAAAUGGCUGAAGUGACGGUCCCGUUGACUUCCGGUCUUCUGCUUCCGCCGCCACCGCCUUCUACUCGCACUCCGCCGAUGAGCAACGGACGCUACGAGGUUCCGACGGGCGGCCGCGACACGCCCGGGGGUCUGGACCCCAGCGACACAAGCGACAGUUCCGACGACGAAAGGUCUACGACCGAUAGCGACGACAAAGACUGCAGCAGCUGCUGCUCGAGCACCGACGACGUUCACGAGAACACUCCGGCUGUCAUUUCAUCGAGCGCCGAGACAAGGGUCACGGUUUGAAUGCCGUUGUCUAUAGAACAAGACAAUCGGUAAUGUUCUUUUACCGAGAAAGGGAAGGAGUGAGAGAGAGAGAGGUAAAGACAGAUAAGCAAAGAAACGAAAGGAAUGGUAGGAAGGUUAAACAGACGCACGUCCGGUUGGCUAUCCUGCACAGCAGAAAUUGAUCCAGGGACGAGAAGCAAUACAGUAGGGAAGACGAAAGGCACUAAUUGUGCGCACACUUGAAGUUGCCCAUGGAGUCUGCAAGCAGAGACCUGAUAGACCUGUCGACUUUAAGUAGACCAGCGACGUCACCAUUGACCAAUGCGGCCGUGGUCCAGAAGCCUUACCUUCCGUAAGCGGUCGCGAAAGAGUGAAGGCGGUUGUCCCGUGAGAGUCAUCCUGAAAGAGUGUCCGCAAGCGGUUGUUCUGAGAGAGCGAAGCCGGUCGUAAAUGUUACAAUCGCAUUCCAAGACCUGAUUGCUGGUUAAGUUUGUGCGUAUUGCAAACUUGGAGACAUUUGCCUAACAGCAAAAAAAAAAAGAAAAAAAAAAGCGUGAGACAAGAUCGAGAAGCAUACUAGACACCACGCUAGACUUCAGCAGUUGCAGUUAAAGCCUAUGAUGGUGUGUUCUGUAAGACUCGGUCGUAAAACUACCAAGCCGUACUAAUGCAUGUUUUCUAAACCGACUUAAGCGUGUAUGCAUCACUCGUGCUGCUGGACAAACUUCUGAAUUUAUAGAAGAG